AAGCGCCAGCUCCGUGUAGGAGGCACAUGGGGGCGCGAAUAGGGAGGCUCCCCGCGCCGCCAGGCGCUGAGAAUCGCCUGUCGCCGCGGUGAUUGGGCGUCCAGCGGCGUGGGCUGGGAAUCCUGUGCGCGGAGGCUGCCGGACGGGGGCGCUCGGUGGGACUCAGGCGGCUUCGAAAGCCUCGCAGGCGGAAGUCGCUGACCUCGGGGCCCUGGAUUUACUUCACAAAAGAGUACUUAAUUGUAAGGAAAAUGAAUCGUUCUUCAAAGCCACCAGUUACUGGUGUUCGAAAAUCAGAUAAUCCACGCGUGGGAAAAGGCCGCAAAGCACCUUUGUCAAAUACUGGAAAGACAAAAGUACGACCACCCACUUAUAAAGAUAUUUCAGCUCUAAAAAUACAGAGAGCUUGGCUGUCUCAUAUGGACAAAACAGUAUUUCGACUCCUAAAGCUCACAAUUUGUGCAAUGCGCCAUCGUCUAUUUCAGGAAGAUUUUGAGGCAGAUGAAAUACUGAAGAAAUUGAGCCCCUUAGAAGCUGAGCUUGUUAACGAUCCUAGCAUGAACUGUAAAGUUAAAUUCAGAUUUAGUGGUGAAACAUUUCCACCGUGCAUCGUGUUUAAAAUUUUUCUUCAUAACCAAGGCCAUGGUUACAAGUAUUUCAGCGGAGAAAAUAUACUAAAGCCAUCAAAUAAGGAAGCAGUUGAUGCUUACAAAAUAAUGGGAAGAAAGACAUUUCAUGCUCAAAUUAAGGAAGAUGUGCAUCUUUCCCACAAGUUCAGAGUAGCUGAUGAAAUAGAUAUUGUCACCCUGAAAGAUUACAUUCAAUAUUCCAGUCUUCUGGAUGAGACCCCUGCAUAUUCUGGUGGCAGAAAUAACUAUUGGAGAAGAUUAAACCUCAAAAACAUUCCCAGGACAACACUAAUGUAUGAUAUAGUUCAUUAUGCAGAGUUUGGAGUAAUCUCAAACCGUCUACACAAAGAAAUGAAAUAUCUAUCACAGAAACCACAAACAGAAGAGAUGCGGCAGGACCAGCUACGGGUUGUUUCUAAAGUUAGGCACUCUUCAUCACUCCCAAGUAAACAACCUUUAUAUCAGCCCUGCCAACAGCAAUGUCAAAUUAAACAUCUAGGUCGUCGAUCCAAGCAAGCUCUAAUGAAAGCUGAAAGAAUGAAAAAAGCUUAUAAGAUUGGAAAAGCUGAAGAAACGAAUGCUUCUGUGGAGACUGAACCACAAACAGACGCACGAGGUGCAAAGCCACAAAAGAAAGUUGUCUUCUCCACCCCAUCUUUUGAAAUUGUGAAAAUUAAAGAACUCAAGUCAAGUGACAAAUUAGGAAAAAAGAAAAAGGGAUCAUUUGCCUGGUAUUAAGACUUGUGUGUUCAUCGUUCUUCAUCACGUUAAUGCACAGCUAAUUGACUGAAAACCGAGUUAUUUAACAAUUUGCUUGGCUGUCUGUAGAUGAUGAAUAUGAGUACUAAAGGAAAACAAAAUAUAAAUAAGACCUCAGUGUUCUCUUUUAACCAAAUGCGUCACAGACUUUUAAGCCUUUUAUAUUACCAUAGGUACAAAUAUUUUUUUACUGACAGAAUUUUAAUCUGAAUAAAUUAUUUCAACUAGAUGCCCUCCAACUAGCAAUAUACAGUUGCGUUCAAAAAAUGAUGAGCAAAUUAGUCCCUAGAACUUUUAUUCAAUUUCAAUUUUCCUUCAUUUUAAAAAAUAUCUGAACAGGCCAUGCUUAGCAUAAAUAUUAGAAUUUGCAAAAUAAAAGGCUGCUGUCAAGUCAGACUCCAGUAUCUUUUUUUUAGUAGCAUGUUGUUUUUUUAGAACAGCUUGUGAUUGACCUAUUCUGAAUUAUAAUAAAAAUAAUAAUGAAUUUGUUGCUGCAGUCGGCGUGACAUAGCAUACCUAAUCAUUAUUGAGCAUUGUAAGCACUUGGGACAGAAUGUUGCAUCUGCUUUAAUGUUGUACUUUGGAUAUUUUUCAAGUAUGAAGAAUAUUUUGAGUAAUAUUUAUCAAUUGUCUUUUGAAUUGAUAAAUUCUCAUUCCUGAUAUAGUACAAAUUAUUGAUAUUUUUUUGUGAUCCAGGCUAUCGGAUUAUAUCAUACCUUACCAGAGGUUGUGAUAAUUAAACAAAAUGCAUUAUUUAACUUUUAAAAUAUAAUUUUUAAUUUUGUUCAACAUUUAAAAUGUGGAGGUUGAUUGCUGAUUUAAAUCAGGCAGAACAGCUUAUAAAUGGAUCUCAUCUUCUGCUAAAACAUUCUCUUAAAUGAUAAAGAAUAUUGGAGUAAAUGUGUAUGAUUCCCACUAGAAUAUAUUUAACAUUAACAUGUACUCUUCAAUAUUAAUGUAUCAUUUGAUAUCCAAAACUAGGAUGCAUAAUCCCCUUGUUUUCAGAGCUUGUACUAGACAUUGGUUGAAUAGAAAACACGUAUUUAUAGCAUGAGUCACACAUAUUCUCAUUUGUGAAAUUGAGAAGCAGUCCCUAUUUUAAUCAAAUGCAUAUCAGAUUCAGCCCACCCAUAGUAUGUGCGAUAACAAAACUAAGGGAGAUUUCAGGUAACAAGAUGAAGGAAAAGGACAAAGGAAGGACAGACUCUUUACAUUUAAGGGCAGCCACUUCUCAUAUUUCAUUAGCUAUGACCUUGUCUCAUCAUAAUGCCUAGCCACAAGGGAGGCUGGGAAAUGUACUCUUCUUCUGGGCGGUUAUGUACCAAAAUAAAAUUCUAUUGUUAUAAAAGAAAGGGAUAAUUGCUAUUAACGCAUAACUAGCAUCAGUUGCCAGAGAUCAUGUCUUCUAUUGAUUCUUUUAACGCAUAUCAAACAAUAUAACCAUAUCAGAAAAUCCUUUUAAAAGUAAAAUUAUAUAUAAUCUCGCCACUAUAACAACUGCUUUCAUUUGAUUAUACCUUUCUAAUCUGUCAAAUGUACACAUAUUUUCACGUGUUUGUAAUCAUAAGUAAUAUAUAGAUUUAAAAUUUUCACUUAAUACUGUAUCUUAAACAUAGUUUACUUAAAAAUAAUUUUUAAUGGCCACAUAAUUAUGCAUUGGGUUGAUGAGGCAUAAUUUACUUAACCAUACCCAUGUCAUUGGAUAUUCCAGUGAUUCUAAUUUUUCACUGUUGUACAUAAUUAAUGCUAGAGUGAACAUCUUCAUACAUGUUUUUUUUUCUUUUGGCUAUCUUUUAUUUAUUUUUAACUUAAUUGCACUCUAAUUAGAGAACAUGAUUUAUAUGAUGCUGAUUCUGAGAAAUUUGUUGAGACUGGCUUUAUAGACAAGUAUAGGGUCAGUUUGGAUAGAUGUUUCUUGUACUCUUAAGGAAGAAAAGAAAGCAUCCAAUACAGGGGAAGAAAAAUGUACACUCUCUGUAGGUGGAUACAAGAUUCUAUACUUGUCCUUUUUUCAGCUUUGCACAGUGGCAGUAUCAUAGCCAGUGAGGUUUAUCCACGGCACAAUUAUUGCUGAUUGAAAACUUUUUCCUAUACAUGUUCUUUUGAUCAAGCUUGUUAAUUGUAUUAUAUUUUCUAAAUGCUACUAGUUUUUGGUCUGUGUGCUAUCAGUUACUGAGAAGGGUAUAUGUUAAAUUCUAUGAGGGUGGACUUGUCAGUUUCUCAUAAUUCUGUCAAUGUUUGCUUUAUUUUAUUAGAAGGUAUCACUAGGUAUACAUAUAAUUUCAGAAUCAGCAUCUCUUCCUGGUGACUUGAAUCUGUUAUCUUUAUGUAAUUACUAUCUUUAUUCCUAAAAAUGCAUUUUGCCUUGAA